CAAAUCUUCAAAUAUUCCCUCAUCAUUCUAAGAACAUCACUCAAAACAAAUCAGAUUCACAAUGGCAGAAGCACCACCAACCGUUCAAUCUGCGCCGCAGUUCAACUUCACCUUUGAUGAUUCGGUCUCUGAGUGGAACAUUCGCGGCCCUCAGUGGCUGAAGGACAACGAAAAGACAUGGGAUGGUGUCGCCUCGGGCGCUCUCGUCUUCGACGACCAGGACCGCAUCCUCCUCCUCCAGCGCGCCCCCGACGAUAGCAUGCCUAACCGCUGGGAGAUCCCCGGCGGCGCCGUUGACGACGACGAUCCCAGCGUCCUCUACGGCUGUGCGCGCGAGUUGCGGGAGGAGGCUGGGCUGGUUCUACGACACAUUAAGCACGUCAUCCCCGACGGCGCAAACGGCAAGCCCGGUGCCGUGUUCACAAACCGUACCGGGAAGCGCUUUUUCUGCAAGUUCUCCUUCGAGGUCGACGUGGCCGAUACGGGAUCGGUGAAGCUGGAUCCCAACGAGCACCAGGACUUUGUCUGGGCGACGGAAGAAGAGGUGACGAACCAGGCAAUCGGCGAGCGCAAGAUUCCUCUGACCAACUCGAUAAUGGUGAGACUAUUGCGCGAAGGGUUCAGGAUGCGACGGGCAGGCAAGGAGAAGACCGCGGGGACUGUGGCGGGGGAGUCAUAGACAGCAUUUUAUCGACCUGAGAGACUCGAAAGUCGAGAUACAGGGGGACCGUCAGUGAGGAGGUUCAAAACUGGGAGAUAACUUAAUUAUUGAAACCUCAACCUUCCAUUACCUGCGUUUUAAGUCACUGCGGAGACCGAGGUCUUUAUUCAACAUGAACCUCCAUGAGCGAGGAAGUCGGUGAAGGCAGUCAGUUUGCCCGGAUAACCUUGAAGCGGCUGGGUAGAGGCAAAGGAACGCAGAGUCACAGUCCGUUCUACCAACAUGAGAUCAGUGAGAUAUUAUAUUUCU